AUGACAUCAUCGUCACGUGAAUCAGACGCAUACCGACCCGAUUCAACAAUUUAUCAAAAUUGUUAUUGUUGCUGUUGCAUUGAUCAUUCACAAAAUCUGAUCAGUACAUUUCAAUGUCAAUCAAAUGAUGUAUGGCAGAUUCGAAAUUCAUACUGUGAGGAAGAAGUGAUAAUUGUUUUAAGUGAUAAUGUGGAACGUAUCGGUUUCUCUAUCAGUAAUAUCAAACGUUGCGCUACAAUUAAUUCAAUUUCACCUGGUAUAAAAUAA